AUGACCUAACAAAAAUAAUUAUUAUUCAAAAUGAAUUUAUCAAACCAGAAUUCCAUUUUUACCUUAAAAGCAAUCAAUUUGAAAGGAUAAAUUAUAGAAAAAGAAUUUGAAUAAUGGGAUUAAACCAAGUGUAGAUUUCAUAAAAUAAACAUUGAAAUCAAGUUUACUUAAAAUAAUUAAAUCAUCUAUUCAAAAAAUGAAGAAAUAUUGAGAAUGUAAAUUUAAAUUAAAAUUUAAACAAAGAGUAAAAGUACAUGAAGUUUUUGAGAAUCAAUAAUUAUUUAAUAAUGUGGAUUAAAUCCACUAUCUUUCAUGGUAAGGUUAAUAUGAUUAAAACGAAAAGAAAGAAGGUAAAUGGGUGGCUUUUUGGAAUAAAAAUAUAUUAAAGAAUAUUGGAGGAUACUUCAAUAAUGGAUAAAAGCGAGGGUAAUGGAGAGAUUUAUUUUUAAAUUAUUGUGAGUAAGUAAUUAUUAUUUUAACUUAUGAAUAGUUAAUCAAAAGUUAUUGAAACUGGAGUAUAUUAUAAGAAUCUUCGAAUAGGUAUAUGGAAUUAUAUUUUUAAAGAUAUGAAAAUGUAAUAAGUUUAUUAAAUUCUUAGAAAUGGUGGGUUAUACAAUGAUGAUGGUUAUAAGUAAGGUAAGUGGAUUGUGUUGGAUGAAAGGUUUUUUAAUUAUAAAUAAGUCACUUAGAAUGGUGAAUACAAUAUUUAUGGUAUGAAAGUUGGUAGAUGGGAUAUUAUGUAUAAAUAUGUUGACAAAUAUGGAAUAAAGAGGGAAUAUAAGUAAAUGUAAGUAUUAUAUAAUUAUAAGGAAUACAAUUAUUAAUUUAUGUGCAUAUUAUUAGUGGUGGAGGAACAUAUGGUUAGAAAGGAAACUAAAUAAAGAUUGGAAAGUGGAUAGAAUUAGAUGAAGAGUUUACAUUUGACAAAUAAGUUAUUUAUAGAGGCGAAUAUAAUGAAUAUGGAAGGAAAGUGGGUAGAUGGGACAUUAUGUUUUGUAAAUAUGGUGUGACUUAAGAUCAAUAAAUGUAAAUAUAUUAAAAGUAUAAGAUAUAAUCAAUUAUAUGUGUUUUAGUGGAGGUGGUAUAUAUGAUUUGGAAGGAAAUUAGAAAAAGAUAGGAAAGUGGAUAGAAUUGGAUGAAGGUUAUUCUUUAGGUUUUGUAGAUUCAAAAGAAGUAACUUAUAAAGGUGAAUACAAUAUGAAUGGAA